CAAAUCCCUUUUCACUAAAUGAAUCUAUAUAUAUUUGAGCGCAGAUGGGCGUAGUACAUAUAAAUUCAGAUUUCAUGGCUGAUUCUUCUGCUGCUUACAUUCAUAUGGUGCAAUACCUGAUCGAGAACUGCUUGAUCUUCCACAUGAAUAAAGAGGAGUGCAUAGAAGCUCUCUCCAAAUACGCUAAUAUUACUCCGAUAAUCACUGAAACUGUGUGGAAGGAACUGGAGAAAGAAAACAGAGAGUUCUUUGAAGCUUAUUUAGAAUCUCGUAGCAGAAAUGAUAGAAUACUAGCCGAAGAAGAGACAAGACAGUUGAUCCAACGAAUGAUGUCUAAACAUACUGACGAUUAGGUGAUGACUAGGUGACCAAUCCAUACACAUGCAUGCACCAAUUACUUAUUGACUAUGACCUUUUCAUUUUUUUUUUUUUUUGUCUCGUCUUUAUACACAUGUUUAAAGAUGGAAUAUAUGUACAAAUAUUAGCCUAAAAUAAUUUAUCAUUUUUUUUAGUAUUAUAAUAAUACAUAUGCCUUAUGUUGACAACAUUUGACACGUAA